UUUGUGCUCUGAGUUUUUGGAUUUUUGUAUAUUCUUUGGCCUUUCCAAAUCUAAAAUUAGAAAAUAGUAAGAAUAAUAAUCCAAUUAGCGUCUAUAAAUACGGGCGUUUUGGUUUCCAUUUUCCUGCAUCGUCAUUCGUCAACGUUUCUUUGCUUGUAAAUUGAAAAACAAAAGAAAAAAAAUUCAUCCCCCACUCAGAAGGAGAACUGCAGAAUUUGCAUGCUUCAAUGUCUACCAAAGUCUAUAUUGUGUACUAUUCCAUGUAUGGGCAUGUAGAGAAACUGGCAGAAGAGAUCAAGAAGGGAGCUGCAUCUGUUGAAGGUGUUGACGCCCAAUUAUGGCAGGUUCCUGAGACAUUGCCAGAGGAGGUGCUUGGAAAGAUGAGUGCACCACCAAAGAGUGAUAUUCCAAUCAUUACACCCAAUGAACUUGCUGAGGCUGAUGGGUUUGUUUUUGGCUUCCCAACAAGGUUUGGAAUGAUGGCUGCCCAAUUUAAAGCAUUUCUGGAUGCAACUGGUGGUUUAUGGAGAACACAGCAACUUGCAGGCAAACCUGCUGGAAUCUUCUAUAGCACUGGUUCGCAAGGUGGUGGACAAGAGACUACAGCGUUGACUGCUAUCACUCAGCUUGUUCACCAUGGAAUGAUAUUUGUUCCCAUUGGUUAUACAUUCGGUGCUGGCAUGUUUGAAAUGGAGAAAGUGAAAGGUGGAAGUCCUUAUGGUGCUGGAACUUUUGCUGGGGAUGGUUCAAGACAGCCUUCCGAGCUGGAGUUGGAGCAGGCUUUUCAUCAGGGCAAGUACAUUGCUACCAUCACAAAGAAGCUCAAGGGAGCUGCUUAAUUUCAUUUCAUUACAGAAGUACAGUUCAGUCUUACAUUUUUCUACCCCAUAUAUUUUGUGAUUGUGAACAAUAAUUAUUGCUUUGCUGGUUAUAUGUUUUGUAUGUGUGUUACGUAAUAGUGGUUUUUCUCAAAUGAGAAUGCUUGUUUGCUCCAUCUGUACCAUGUUCUCCACUUUGUUUGAUCAUAAUAUCUCUACAUUUUCAUUA